AUGGAGUCCUCUCUCUGCACACCAUCGCACGCCACGGUGACCGGAGUGCAUGCCGCCCUGCGCCGCCCCGUCCUGGUCCGUGCUAGCACGUCGGCGUUGACGCAGGCGGCACGCUGGAGGGCUCUCGCAUUGCGCGCCCAGGCGAGCGCGCCGGAGCCGGAGCGCCUGGCACCGGCGAAGGGAAGAGUAGGACAAGCGAUGCUGCCCAGGACCGCACUGAGGGUCGGCGCCGGCGUGGCGCUCGCGCUGGCCCUGGGCGGCGUCUCGUGGUCAGCGCGCAGCGGUGGCGCUGGUGCCGGCGCCGUCUUAGUGCAGCCGGCCGCGGUAUGUAUGAUGAACGCCGUCACGGACGGAGCAGAGCGUGCCGGCGGCACCCCGGCGGCGGCGGCUGUCAUGAGGACGAGCGUGGACGCGCUCUCCGACUCGCUGUUCCGGCGUGAGGACGCGCCCAGGGACCACGCCACGCUCAUGGACCUCGUCUUCGAGCAAGUCACCAAGGAGCACAUCGGCGACAGGGGAAAGCUGACGAGCCUGCUGCAGAAGGAGUGGUCGGCGUCCCGCGACUCGGAAAGAAAGCUCAACCUUGGCUUGCUGCUCACAGAUGUACUCAUCAAUCAGAGAGAAUGGCAGAGGGCAAAAGAAGUUUGCCAGCAACUGACUGGCCGCUACCAACGUGACUCGAGGCCAUACCUACAUUUGGCUGUCAUCAACAUGAUGAUGGCAGUGGAGACCAUGCUCUCUCCGGAGACGGCCACCGCGGACGACAUAGAGAAGAUGUCCAAGAACGCCAUGGACGCCUGGAAGGAUUUCAAAAACAAGUACGAACUUGCCAAGGGAUCAACAGAGUCCAGCCCCUGA